AAGAAACAGGUAAGCACAGAUACAAACCCUCAAAUAGUUCAUGACAUUAAUUUCAAUGAUUUGAAAACUCAGUUGGGGAUUGAUAAAAUAGUUGAGUCUAUUUCUCUAUUGACAAGUCAAAUGGCCGAAAAUACGGCGCGUAGUUCUUGUCAUAAUAAUGUUACAGAGUCUAUGGGACACAAUGUCAGCAAUAACAAACAAAUUUCGUCUUGCACUGUAACACAGGCAGAUUUAUACAAUAAAAGUAGCAAACCUGUAAAACAGUUUGUGUCUGUUGCAGAUUAUGAUCAAAAUAGUGUAGAUUACAAUGGUUAUGACGGGCCAAAUGAGUUUGAUUUUGAUCUGAGUUAUUUAGACAACCCAGAGCCCUCACCUUCAAUCUCAGGUAUCAAUCCUAACGAUGCUUUCAAAGAUGUUUUUGACAAUAAAGGUUUGCAAAUAACAAUAGAUAAUGAUCUUAAGGAGGACAAUGAUUUGUGGGAUAUUCCUCAAUUAAAUUCUGCAGAAAAAACAGGUCCUAAAGUUAAUGAUGGGUUGGCAAAAGCUAUAAAUGCAGCAAUAUCUGUUAAGUCCAACAAAGAAGCCAUGACUGAGUUAGAAAAACAAUAUGCACGUCCAGAAAAUUGCAAUCUCAAAGUUCCUCGUGUUAAUAAAGAGAUCUGGGAUGUUAUGGGGAAAAAUGCCCAUGCAGUUGAUUUAAACUUACAGAUAAUUCAGAAAUCUAUUGCAACAGGUUUGAUUCCUCUUGUUCAGAUGGCAGAAUCUUUGAUCAGUAAACAAGAUACAGAAUCAGUUAAAAGCAAAAAGAUGCUUGGUGAUGCCAUUAGUAUGCUAGGAAACAGUUUUUACAAUUUAUCUAUGAAACGCAGAAAUGAAAUCAAAUCAUGUCUAACUCCAAGGUAUAAGAAAAUUGUUUCAGCUGAAAUACCAGUUACUGAUCAACUUUUUGGUGACAGUUGUAUGUCAAAAUUGAAAGAAAUGGGGGACAUAAAUAAACACCCUAUUGGUAUAAAAUCCGCAUUCUGGGAUUCAAAAUCUAAAAAUAGCUUGCUGUUUACAAAAAACUACAGCAAUCAGAACUACUCCAGCCCAAUGCAAAGAUACAACAAUGCAUACAGAGGCAGAGGCAGGUCAAGAUUCAUGACCAUGAACAGUUCUCAGAGGGGACGAGGUCAGAAACAGUACAUGAGCACAACAAAAAAGUACUACAAGUAAAGGUAAGGAAACUUAAUUAUGAAUACUGGAAAAAUUUUACAGAUGAUCAAUGGAUUUUAGAUAUAAUUUAUGCUGGAUAUAAAAUUGAGUUUAUGGAGAUUCCUUUACAAACAUCAAUGCCAAAACAAAUUAAAUUUAAUAAGGAAGAAGAAGAUCUGGUUUCUAAGGAAGUAGGAAAUCUUA